AUGUCUUUGCCGCAGAGGCCAGGCAAGGCCUCUCCUCGGCGCGAGGAAGCCCGCGCAUUUCGCGAACCAUCUCGACGUCGACGACGGGAUAUCGACUCGGGCACUUACAGCGAUGACCCAAAUACUUCCCCUUCACACCGACGCCAUCGCCGACACUCCAGCCACCGGCGGGCAGCCGACACCGACGAAGAGCGCAUGGAGCGGGGCGGGGAUGUGAGACGCAAAAAGAGCAUGGUGAAGCCAGAGCGCCGGAAAGCAGACCCCGACCACCCCAAUUACCAUUAUCGCCAGCGGUCACACCACAUGUCCACUUUUCCUUCUGCGACAGGCAACGAUCCAUUAUUAGACCAUCGGGAUGGCGAAGCUGAGACGAACAGUUCGCGCAGCAUGGAUAUAAAGAGUAAGGAGGGGUUGUACGGAGCCCAGGGUAAUGUCAACAAACCCAUGGAACGGGUUCCCAGCAGACAUCGCUCGAAGAAGAAGAAGAGAUCGAGGCGGUCGUCGAAGGGCGCGGUGGAGGAGAGGAAACGCUUGAAGGAGAUGGAACAGAGCGGUCCGCCCGAGUUGUGGCCUACAUAUUGCGCGGUCCUGACAUUUUUCAUUCCUGAUUUCGUCCUGCGCUGCUUUGGUAUGCCACAGAAGGAGCAGCGGACUGCUUGGCGAGAGAAGAUCGGCCUGAUCAGCAUCAUUCUGAUGAUCGCUGCUUUUGUCGGUUUUUUAACCUUCGGUUUUACUGCUACUGUUUGUGGCUCGCCUCCGCUGCGACUCAAGGUCAAUGAGGUGAACUCCAACUACAUGAUUUUCCAUGGCAAGGCCUACGACUUGACUGGAUCGAAACACGGUGCCGCAGAGGGGAUUCCUAGUGAUACGAAUGUGCUUUACGAUUUGCCACACAAGUAUGGUGGACAAGACGGCAGCUUCUUCUUCCAGCAGGUCAAUGGUGCGUGCAAGGGUUUGAUUACUGCUCAGCCGGAUGGUGGUGUCCCCACGGACUCUAAUGGAAACCUUGGGUGGUAUUUCCCCUGCGCGCCGUUCAACCAGGAUGGUUCGUCUUCGCCGAAUCUGACAACCGAUUACUACCUGGGCUGGGCUUGUCACACCAGCAAGUCCGCCCGUGAACCUUUCUACACCCUGUCAAGCGAUGGAGAUGUUUACUACACAUGGGAAGACACCAAGAACUCGAGCCGAAACCUUGCAAUCUAUUCCGGAAACGUUCUCGAUCUCGACCUCUUGGCUUGGUUCAACAGCAGCCAGGUUUCAUAUCCGAAGCAAUUUGACGAGCUUCGCACGAAUCCUUCAAUUCGGGGCGUCGAUCUGACCUACUACCUGCAAAGUGGAGAAGAAAAGAAGAUUGGCAAGUGCUUGGCACAGAUUAUCAAAGUGGGCAGCAUUGACACCGAAACCGUCGGUUGUAUCGCGUCAAAGGUCGUGCUCUACGUGUCUUUGAUCUUCAUUCUGUCCAUUGUGGUGGUCAAGUUUGCCUUUGCCCUGCUCUUCGAAUGGUUCCUGGCGCCUAGGUUUGCCGCGCAGAGCACAAGUAUGAGCUCAGAUGCCAGGACUCGUAACCAACAGAUCGAAGACUGGUCCAACGAUAUCUACCGACCAGCUCCCCGAAUCGCCGACCCCAUCGUUCCUGAUCGAGUUAGCAAACGCGCCACCUUCUUGCCUACCACUUCCCGCUUUUCCAGCCCUUAUAAUGUGAGCAGCAGCGGCGGCAGCAAACAAAGACCGCAGUACGUCACGAUGGCUAGUCAGAACUCGACUUCCCGUCUUAUGCCCAGCUCCAACCCUGGCACCAUGUAUAAAUUGAGCCACAACGGGAGUGGUGGUACUUUGAGCGCUGAUAACUCGCGAAACAAUGCUGCCGCCAGCCGGACUAGCUUGGUUCCUCCUGGUCAGCAAGAUCCUGGUUACUCCACAUUGAUGACAGACUAUGAGGGCCCUGGUCCUGCUGGCUUCAUUCACGAAGCCGUCGUUCCCCAGCCGCCCCCAGAAUGGCAACCAUUUGGUUAUCCUUUGGCUCACAGUUUGUGUCUGGUUACUUGCUAUUCAGAAGGUGAAGAAGGUAUCCGAUCAACACUGGAUUCUCUUGCUAUGACCGACUACCCGAACAGCCACAAGACAAUUCUCGUGAUUUGCGAUGGUAUCAUCAAGGGUAAAGGAGAGGAUUUCUCAACACCAGACAUUGUGCUCGGCAUGCUGAAAGACCCUGUCGUUCCCGUCGACGAAGUCCAGCCCUACUCAUACGUGGCUGUGGCUACCGGCUCCAAGCGACACAACAUGGCCAAGGUCUACACUGGAUUCUAUGACUAUGGUGACACCUCGGUCAUUCCACUGGAGAAGCAGCAGCGUGUCCCCAUGAUGGUAGUUGUCAAGUGCGGUACUCCCCAGGAAUCGACCCAGUCGAAGCCCGGUAACCGAGGCAAGCGAGACAGUCAGAUUAUUUUGAUGUCUUUCUUGCAGAAGGUGAUGUUCGAUGAGAGGAUGACGGAACUCGAAUUUGAGAUGUUCAAUGGCAUGUGGAAUGUCACAGGCAUACCGCCAGACUUUUACGAAGUUGUCCUCAUGGUUGAUGCCGAUACGAAGGUCUUCCCGGAUAGUUUGACACACAUGGUCUCAGCCAUGGUCAAGGACCCUGAUAUCAUGGGCCUCUGUGGAGAAACGAAGAUCGCCAACAAAACAGACAGCUGGGUGACCAUGAUCCAAGUCUUCGAGUACUUCAUCUCUCACCACCAAGCCAAAGCCUUUGAGUCCAUCUUCGGUGGUGUCACCUGUCUCCCGGGUUGUUUCACCAUGUACCGCAUCAAAGCACCCAAAGGCGGCCAGAACUACUGGGUGCCCAUCCUGGCAAACCCAGAUAUCGUCGAGCAUUAUUCCGAGAACGUAGUCGACACCCUGCACAAGAAGAACCUGCUCCUCCUUGGAGAGGAUCGUUACUUGACCACCCUCAUGUUGAAGACCUUCCCCAAGCGCAAACAGAUCUUCGUCCCACAAGCCGUGUGCAAGACCGUUGUCCCAGACGCAUUUAUGGUCCUGCUUUCCCAACGCCGUCGCUGGAUCAACAGUACUGUGCACAACCUCUUCGAACUAGUCCUGGUCCGCGACUUGUGCGGUACCUUCUGCUUCAGCAUGCAAUUCGUCAUUUUCAUCGAGUUGGUCGGAACCUUGGUCCUACCUGCCGCCAUCUCCUUCACCAUCUACGUCGUCAUCUCCUCUAUUGUCAGAAGGCCAGUCCAGGUCAUUCCUCUCGUCCUGCUCGCCCUCAUCCUGGGUCUACCUGGUGUCCUAAUCGUCGUCACCGCCCACCGCCUCGUCUACGUCCUGUGGAUGUUGAUCUAUCUUAUCUCCCUACCAAUCUGGAACUUCGUCCUACCAACCUACGCAUUCUGGAAAUUCGACGACUUCAGCUGGGGUGAUACUCGCAAAACUGCUGGUGAAAAGGACAAGGGCCAUGGCGACGCCGAGGGUGAGUUCGACAGCACGAAGAUUACGAUGAAGCGGUGGCGCGAUUUCGAAAAAGAACGCCGCCUGCGCAAUACUGCAUGGGCGCAAUCCCAUGGUCCUACGGAGGGAUACCCAUCGCACUAUGAGACGUAUUCACACUAUUAA